AUGGACAAGGCGAGAGGACGAUCCAUUAGCAGGCCUUCUAAAGACUUGUCAGAAAGUCCUCCUAGCAAUGCCAGUGAGUUGUCAACUAUGCUAAAUGGGUUCAAUCCACAUCAACAGAGGCAUACACUGGUAAGGACAACCUCACAUAAGUUGCCGAACAAAAACUUGUACACGGUACCAGAGAAUCGCAACGAGGAGUCGGUACUUCCUAAUGGGAACCCGCACCACCAUGCUUCUAAGCUCAUAGCCAAUCGGCAACGCAGUUCAGCUGCCAGUGUGCUCUAUAAUAAUAUAAUGAACAAGAGGAAUAACAGCACUAUUACACUGGAAGAUUAUAGAAACGCAAACGCAGAGAACAAAUGCUCCUCUAUGAACGUCGUAAUUAGAAGUAGUCGUUCCAACAGUAGAAGCAGAUCAAAUGGUUGCAACAACCCGAUCAGCCAUUAUGAGGUGAGCAGGAACUUCGCAACAAGGCCCAAGAGUUCAAGCGCUAUCCCUACAAUAGGAAACAACUUAGAAUACUUCGGUCCUCGACAUUCAGAAGAAGCUCUCAAUGUCGAGAUCAUAGGCGCGCGGAAUGAUAGUGGUGGAAUUCUAAACAAUGAAAGCUCGGUGCCUAUCGAGAAACCAGGUGGAACCAAUUAUAAACAGGGUGGAAAAUUCUUUCCUCAGAACAAGAGCCAGCGAAACAAUACAGAUAUACAAGACAGUCCUCACUCGGAUCAUCCUCCUAAUAGCGAGGAUGGAAAGAUAUCCCUAGAAAGCCAGAUAGAGACUGCCAUUAAUGAGGACAUAUUCAUGAAAAACUACACAUUCGAUAACAAAUUUGAUGAAGAUGCCGAGCAAACAGCAGAUGAAACGCCUAGUAUUACGAGCUCCAACCAAUCACCGUUCACUAAGCUACAAGCACCACCCGCCCUCUCCAGAAAAGAUUCUGCAACAUUGGAGGGGUUUCAAAAGGACAUCUCGAAGAUUUCCAACGCCAAUUCCAACAGCUCAGCUCACGUAUCUCGUCUACAGAUGAAAAUGAACGCUCUUAAGAGUAAGUUCGACAGUUUUGCAAGUAACAAAGCUGCCUCAGAUGACUCCGAGGAUUAUUUCUCAAUGCUCAAGGGUAAUAGUUCCCAUAGCAGUGGACAAUCAUUAACCUUUUUGGCGAGCAAAGAUAAGCAGUAUCCUAAUGGAUUUCAAAAUACUAUUGACAGUAGCAGAAUUCCAGAUCAGUAUUCAUCUACCGAUGUGUCCAACGCUAAAUUUUGGAUAAGAAGCGAUCUGCAGGCCAAACUUCUAAUUGAGAAAUUAAGCAACCAAUUGCGGAACAUCGAAAGAUUUCCCUCUUCCGGAAAAGUUGGUGAGAAAAUAGUUGUUGCCCGGCUCAAACACGUUCUCCAAGACGAUUCCAAACCUCGAAAAGGCUCAUCAUGGAAGUGGGCCCAACCUCCUCCUCACGGACAAAAUCCGCACGAAGAACGACCUGUCCUCGAAAUAGUCGACAAAAAAAAAGCAUCCCUUUUGAAGAGCUCUUCGAAAUGGCGAAGGGGAAUGACACCAAUGAUUUUAAGGAUGAUGAGAUACAUUACAUUGAAGAUACAGUCUUAA